AUGCAGUCGUGGUCAAACCAAGGACAGAAUGGCACUGAUGGUCACGACUCGUGGCAGUCCAAUUUCAAUUUCUCAAAUCAGAAUGCCCAGUAUGAUCACAGCCAAUCCUGGUCUCAGCCCAUGCCGGGUCAGGACUACGGAAGGCAGAUGAACUCGUCAGACCUUGCUACCAAUUUCCUGCAUGAUCCCCAUUCGUUUUCCAACUACGACGACAACCACGGCUCCUUCGAUCUAGGCCCGCAAUAUCCCUCUCAGGAUGUCCUGGAUCCUGCUUUCGCAAACAUACAGCCAGAAUUGUACAACCAGCAGGAUAAACUUGGUCUUUCGGGGGACAACAUCCACCAAAUGGAGCAGCUUCAAAGGCAUCCCCAUUCUCAAGCACAGGGGUUUUCCAACCACGACUAUUCGACCUUUGCACCUCAGCAUGAGCAGUCGUUUCCCUCCCCUCCCUCACAAUUCUCUCAGCCCCAGGUGAUGCCACAAGCCUCGAAGCCACAAUCUCACACGCCGGUUCAGUCGUACAGCAACGUUCAGCCGAAUAACUUUGCUCAGAACCAGCUACGCCCAAGCCAGCCUUCGCCUGGGCAGCACCAGCAGCAUCAGCAGGCUUACAAUCCCAAUACAUCCUAUGGACACGUCAACGGCCACGGCGCACAGUAUCAGCCAAGUCCUGUGAAUCAUACGAACUACCAGAUUCAACAACCUGUCUAUCAGCAGCAGCAGCAGCAACCACAGGCACAAUCACCGGCUCAAUCACACCCUCACGCCCAGCAUCCUUCAUAUGCCUCGCCGAAGCCGUUCACCUACCAGCAGCAGCCGCAGCACGCGCCGGCACACGGGUUUCCCCAACCCGGUCUGCAACAAAACGGCCAGCCUCGAUUAAGCCAACCAGUGGUCUCGGAUCCUCAUCCAUCACACCCUAUCCCAGCCGAACAUGCCCCUGUUCAACUGCAGCCCACUGAGGCGCCGGCCAAAAAGAGAAAGCGAACAGUGAACUCGACGACGGACUCGCCGAGUUUGGAGAACUCACCGCAACGUUUCAAUUCGCCGAUGGAGUCUACCGUUAGGAAGGCAGAGGAGAUUGAUGCACUAAUCCCCCCCACUCCAUCCCCGGAGGAUUUGGUUUUGUUGCAACAGUUCAAUAAGCGCCCAAAGGGUGCUCAGGCAAAGUUUCCUCCCAUCAAGGGCCUUCCAUAUUUAGCCAACGACGCCACUAUUAAACUUCCAGUCCCAAAGAGCUAUGACAAGCUGGCGCCCUUGGUUGCAUUGCCUCCUCGUAGCAAACGGUCUAUUGUCCCUGAACUUGGCUAUGACUUACCUUGUGAAAUUCAAGGAAAGUUCACCAACCUGUAUCGCCCAGCGUUCGAUAAGAUAGGCCUGGACGAGAGGAGAAUAGAAGCGAAAACCCUUCUUGAUGAGUUCGACCGCUCCAUGAAGUCCCUUGGCAAGAAACGGCCAAAGUACACCGAAUAUCCCCAUGCAUUCAAGGAACAACUCAAAGCGGACGAAGCAUCCAAAAAUAAAGCCGAGAAGAAGGCGAAGAGAGAGCAGGAGGAAGAGCGCAAGGAUGAACGCAACAAACCCGUUCGCCCCCCCACACGACCCUCCGACCCGAUCGAAGCUGCAAGAUGGGAUGCCAUUGGGAUUGUUUAUAUCGAUCCUUCCGAAACCAAAACCAAUUCUCUUGUUGCCAGCCGGGUUCAGCAGGCAGGAGACUUUUUCAUCAAGCUUCGCAGCGAAAUGAAUCAGGCCAAGCAAGAACUAGAUCAGGCUACCAAAGAAAGUAAAACCGAUCCCGAACUUCAAGAGCUGAAGAAGAUAUACGAGAGAAAGAAACAAGCACUCUUCAAAGUGCUUGAUGACACGGUUGAACAUGCCGAUGACUCGGUCUUGAACAACCUAGGAGGCCAUCAUAAACUGGUAUUAAGUCUCAUCAAUGUCUUGAUUUUUUCUAUCAAGGCCGGUGACUUCUCGGGAGAGCUUCCGAAAGUCGUCCUGGAGCUCUUUACUCAUUUCCAGAUCACGAGAAAAAUCGCUGAAACCACCAACUUCGAUACAGUGCGGAAGCGAUUUGCAGAAAAGGGCGACAGUGACGUCAGAGAGCUGGUCCGUGAGAUUUCAGCCAAAAUCAAGAAAUAUCUCAGAUUGAUUGAAGAGUCGACUGGAUACACAGGCACCUCAGCUGCUAGCAGAGCUGCCAAGGCACCCAAGCCUGCCGCGGGUUCUACUGUCAAGAGAGGACGUGAUGAUGAUACGAGCGCCGAGACCAGGAUUGUGAAGAAGGUUGCAGUUGAGCCAGGGAGCGGUUCUCUUAGUAAGAAACUUGCCCAGCCCAAACUCCAACUUACAUCAGCGUCCAAAACUACUGCCGCCAAGGCCGCGGCGUCCUCUCUGCAGCUGGACAAGCAACGCACAGUGGCCAAGCCGCUGUCAAAGGCCGAGCCUGUGACUGGUAGCGACCACGCGAAGACAUCAAGCGAUGAUAAGCCCAGACUCGAACACAAGAAGCCCCUAGCCAAAGUAGAAAAGACCAAGCCAAACCCAGCCAAGGCCGAUCCCAGAGCGACAGUUCCGAAGACGGCUGCACCCCCUUCUGCUUCCAGUUCUGCUCUAUCUGGAAUUGCUUCUUUGUUAGAUUCUAUCAACGCCCCCCGACCUGUAACACCACCUGCUGCAAAAGAGGGCAAAGAAUCUGAAUUGCCGGAAACAGCAGAGGAAAAGGCCAAAAGAUUGCGUAAAGAAGCGCGGCGUAAGCUUCGCGUAACUUGGAAGCCCGACUCUGAGCUCGUGCAGGUAAAGACCUUUGAGAAGGAAGAAGGCGAAGAUCUCGGACGAGACGUCAAUAUGAUCCGUGAUGCUGCCGAUGACCGCGCGGAGGGCAUGGUGCUCAAGCGGGGAGUUGACGUUGAAGAAGAGGACGAGGACGAGGACAUUCCAUACCAACCCUGGCUUGGGCCCAUCCUCUCCGAUCUUUCUUCCCUUUCCGAAGAAGCAAGAAAGAAGAAUUACACUACACGCGGAGGGCAAGUUUCCUUCUCGACUGAGGAGCAAAAGCGUAUCGCUGAACGGGGCCAGCGGGAGCUUAUGGCUAUCUAUGCCGACCCCUCCGACAUCCCUCCUUCGCCAAAAUCGCCUCCCCCAGAAGAUUAUAGCCCUGUCGACCCCAAGGUUGGACACUUUCCUACUGAAGGCUCUGCUUUCGAGGAAAUUCAGCUUCGUUGGCGAGAUGGGCAACAAAUGGGAGUUGAUGGCGCCCUGUACAGCGCAAAUCAGCGUCUUAAUGCGAAGUCGGGCUCAUCUGACAAAUUGGAAUCAAUCUUAGGCAGCCUGCGGAAGACCCCUUCCCAAUCUCAGGGAUCCUCUUCGUCAGGUGCCAGUAAGCGACCUGCUGUAAUUGAUACCAACGUGCCUCUCGUUAUGGGUGUCGCGUUAACGGAACAGGUUCUUUCAUUGCUACGGUCUGAUGCAGCUAAGAACUGGAAAGACCCCCAACCUGUUAGUGGAGAUCCCAACCGGAUACAUCAGUAUAGCGACCCAGCUACACAGGUUGCCGGAAAUGCUGUAGAGCUCCUUGCGUCUAGUCUUGCAGGCAAGCCCUUCCCAGCUACUGCGCCACCAUCUUGGCUUUCCCAAGAUGAGGAGAGAGUCCGUGAAUGGUGGUUGUGUUACAAUAAAGAGUCAGCUAUCAGACACAAGCGGGCCGAAGAGGAGCAUGGCAGGGCCGAGGCUGAGGCGAAUGCGCUCCGAGCCGCCGCCGCCGCAACUGCCGCCGCCUCGACGACGACACCAGCCCAGGCAAGCAAUCCUGAAUGGGCAGCGUACUAUGCUCAGCAACAGCAAGCCUAUGCACCCUACAUGGCAAUCUUACAGCAGAUGAAUGCGGGUCAGAACCAAAACUCUCAGGCACAGCCUUCCCAGCAGAGCCAGGUGACCAAUGACCAGCUACAGUCCAUUCUCGCAGCAAUGAACCAGCAGCCCCAGGCCCAGCAGCAACAACAACCAUCAGCGGCGCAGCCUCAGAAUCCAGCAAGCUUCCUAAACCCCAAUGACACAUCGUAUCAGCAAUUGAUGAUGCUCACACAGCUGGCUCAAGGAAACAUGCAAGGACAAUCCAGUGGUGAUCGUGAGCACGACCGUGAGCAUGACCGUGAGAGGAACUGGGAUCGCCAUGACCGUAAUGACGACUACGGCCGAGAUAGAUACAGAGACAAGGACAGCAAGAAGAAGAAGCCAGGCCCAACAACCAUCCACAAACCACCCAACGCCGCUCUAAUCGGGACAAAGCCUUGCUCUUUCUGGCAGCAAGGAAAAUGUGCUCGUGGCGAACAUUGCACAUUCAGACACGACUGA